AUGGUAGUUGUGUACUAUGGAAGUGACGACACUGAUGAGGCUGGUAAUUUUGAGAUGAUCAUAAACAAGUACUUCAAUGGGAAAGUGCUCAAACUCACAAACUGUUUUCUAAGGCUGGUUUCAUCACCAGACCCGGUCUGCAACAUUGUCACCGAUUUUUCCGGUGGCCGGAGAGGGGUGAAGCUCGGCCGACCCACCAUGGUGUACCGAGAUAUGAUCAAACAUGUGCUCGGCCCAUUCUACUACACAACACCCAUGUGUGAUGACGGCAAAGGAACCAAUUACUGA